AAAAAUAACGAUUUCUAUAAAAUAGUACUAUACAUAUAUACAUUUUCCGUAAGGAUUUAGCACACAUAAUACGACGCGUCGUGGAUGUUGAGAGUUGUGUACAACAAAUUAAUUACACGCAUUUAAAAUUGAUGACCAUCCAGAAGCUAACUAAUCUUUGCCUCCGAGUUUCGUUUACAUAAAAUUCAACAAUGGUGUUCCUACGUACCUUGUAUACUAACUAUCAAAUUUUCUUUAAUUACUAACAUUAAAUUAUACUCCUAUAUAUAUAACUAUAAGAACAAAGGUCAUAUAUCCAACAAUAUAAAGUACACACAUCAAAUUAAUAUCAUAUAUACAUACACCUAAAUUAAAUCCAUAUGGCGGGAGAAGGAGAGAAGGCUCAGAACGCGCCGCCGCAGAUGAACCCGUACGGGCGGGUGGACGAAGAGGUGGCGGAGGUGGCCCAAAGAGACGAGCGGCGGAGGAAGCGGAUCAAGUGCUUCGCCUACCUCGCCGCCUUUGUCGUCUUCCAGACCGCCGUAUUCCUCAUCUUCGGCCUCACCAUAAUGAAGGUCCGGACUCCCAAGCUCCGGGUGAGAUCCGCCGCCUUCGACGGCACAUUCAACGUCGUCAACACCAGCGCCGCGCCGUCCUUCGACAUCAGGAUGGUGGCGGAGAUCGGCGUCAGAAACGCCAACUUCGGGCGCUACAAAUACCAAAACAGCACCGUGGAGUUCUACUACGGCGCCACCAAGGUCGGGGAGGCCUUCAUCCCUCGCGCGACCGCCAAGGCCAGAUCCACUAGGAAAUUCAACGUCACCGUGGACUUGUCGUCGGCCGGCGUCGCCGCCGGAGAGCUGAGCGUGAUCCCGCUGACGAGCAGAUCUGCCGUGAGAGGGAAGGUGGAGAUCAUGAAAAUUAUGAAGAAAAACAAAUCGGCUAACAUGAAUUGCAGCAUGCAGAUUGACGUGCAGUCCAGGCAGCUUCACCAGCUCUCUUGUAGAUGAUUUUAGUACCGCUUUUUCGUUUUUCUUAUUUGUGCGAUUGGGUUUGAUUAUUCUUUGUAUGUGUUUUUAUUCUAUUUCGAGUUUCCUUUUCUGGGGAAUCUAGUAUAGGAUGUUAUUGUCCCUUGCCACUCUUCCUCAUCUACUAUAUUCUUUCUUCUUCUUUUUCAUGUUAUUAUCAUAUUUAUGAUCUUGUACCAUUUAUUUACAAUAUGGAGUAUAUUAAUUCUUUAGUUGAUUAUUAUAAA